UUGUUGUGACGUGUAGAAAGUAGUCAAAAGACGACGGGAGAAACUAGAACAAAUUGCUUUUUCAAAAAUUUGGAACCAGCCUUAAAAAAGGAAAAUGUUGGAUUUUUUUUCGAUUUUUAGCAAGGGAGGGAUUGUGUUAUGGUGCUUUCAAGGAACUUCCCAGAUAUUCACGUCUUCGGUGAAUGCGUUAAUUAAAGCGGUUAUUCUGCAGGAGCGAACAGGGCAAUUGUCCUACGAUCAUGAUAACGUGACCCUAAAAUACAAACUUGAUAAUGAGUUUGAAUUGGUUUAUGUUGUGGCUUAUCAGAAAAUUUUAAAGCUGUCGUAUGUUGACAAGUUUUUAAAUGAUAUCAAUAUGGAGUUUCGAGAUGCUUACAAGAAUGAACUACAGCUGCAGCAAUUUGGAAGGAACUUUGAAAUAAGCGAAAUGUUUACCAGCAUCCUGAAAUCAGCUGAGGAAUGGGGAAGGGCACAGGCACUAGCUCCCAGAGCAAUGAAGUCAUUUGAGGAGUCACAAAAGUCCAAGAAAACUGUGGCUUCAAUGAUUGAACGAAAGGGAGAUGACAAAGAAAAUAAAAAAGUAAAAAAAGUUGAAAUCAAAGUACCUGAUGUUAAAAUUCCAGAACCUAUCAAUGUUGAAUUGUCCGAAGAGGAUCUUAUUCAGCAAAAAAGACGUGAGUUUGCCGAAAAAAUGGCAGCUGGAAAAAACAAAAGCAAACCAACAACUGAAAAGCUAAAAAGUCCUAAAGCUGCCUCAAAGAAAUCGAAAGAAAGUCGAGUAUGGCCAUUGGGAGGAGCUCCAAAAGACAUGGAGACGUUGGACUAUACAAGAGACAAAGACCUCGGCGAGAGCCCACUACCACAACAAGCUGUAUAUCUUCCUGACCCUAAAGCCGUUGGCACACUUCAAGGAGAAGUUCGGGAUAUGGAUUUUGAAUCAGAAUCGGAAGAAGAAGAAGAUGUAGAGGAACGAGGAAAGAAUGAUUAUGUUCCUCAGCAAGUUAGCCAACAAAAAAAGAAGACCGGAAUAUUUUCGCUGUUCAAGAAUUUGGUAGGAUCAAAAACAAUCAGUGAGGAAGACAUGGCCCCUGUCUUAGACAAAAUGCGCGACCAUCUAAUUGCAAAGAACGUAGCCUCUGAGAUUGCCGGUAAAUUGUGCGACUCGGUGGCUGCAAAGCUUAAUGGCAAGGUGCUUGGAACUUUUGAGAGCUUAGCAAACACUGUUAAAGCUUCUCUCACCGAGUCGUUAGUGCAAAUUUUGUCUCCACGUCGUCGUGUUGAUAUUUUGCGUGACGUCUAUGAAUCCCAACGACAAAAGCGUCCAUACGUCAUGUCCUUCUGUGGGGUCAAUGGUGUCGGAAAAUCCACUAAUCUAGCCAAAAUUUGCUUCUGGCUCGUUGAAAACAAUUUUCGCGUUUUGAUAGCCGCUUGUGAUACAUUUCGCGCUGGUGCUGUUGAGCAACUCCGCACUCACAUGCGCCACUUGAACUCUCUCCAUCCUGCCGAAAAACAUGGCGGUUUGCCCAUGGUCCAGCUGUAUGAAAAAGGAUAUGGAAAGGAUGCUGCUGGAAUUGCCCUAGAGGCUAUUAACCAUGCGCAAGAAGCCGGUAUCGACGUUGUUAUGAUUGAUACUGCGGGAAGAAUGCAAGAUAACGAACCACUAAUGAGAGCACUAGCGAAAUUGAUCAAAGUGAAUGAGCCGGAUUUGGUUCUUUUCGUCGGAGAAGCUCUAGUCGGCAAUGAAGCUGUUGACCAACUUGUCAAAUUUAAUCAGGCUUUAGCGGAUUAUUCUGCGUCAGAAAACCCGCAUACUAUCGACGGAAUCGUUCUAACUAAAUUUGACACAAUCGACGAUAAGGUCGGCGCUGCCAUUUCGAUGACUUACAUAACCGGGCAACCCAUCGUCUUCAUUGGCACCGGCCAAACUUAUGCCGACUUGAAGACGCUGAAUGUCAAGGCGGUCGUAAGCAUUUUAAUGAAAUAAAUCAAUUAUAUUGUAAAGGAUUUGGAACACUUCUCAUAGUUUUUCAAAUAAAUGGGAAAUAUGGAAAAAACAGAAAA